CAAAAUGACGGUGCUGAAGGGGCAAGCUUUCCAAUCUUUGUUAUUUGGGAAGGAGAUGAUUCUGAGAAAACAAAAAAUUGGUUGGUCUCCAAGAACUGGGUUCAUUUUCUCCUUAUACCGGCACACACCCUGAUUUCUCCUUUCGGCUCCUCGAUGUUUGCACCCAGCACAAGCGAGACAAUGAGAGAGUUCUACUCUGCCAACAUCAACCUCGAAUCCUUCAGUGUUUCCAUUCUUGUUCUUCGCCACGUUUUUGGACCGUUAAUAUACGGACCGUUGAGCGAGCUCUACGGCCGUCUCAUAUUGUAUCACGUCAACUCUCUUCUAUUCGUUAUAGCCAACGUUGCUUAUUCAUUGCCGCUUUCUUUGACAAUGUUCAUCGUCUUCCGUCUCAUCACUGGCAUCGUUGGUUCUUGUCCGCCAGCUCUUCGUUAA